UUCCUCCAUCACUUAAAAAGGUCUUAUCGGGGCUACCGGCACACAAUCUCUCCUUCUCGCAGUCUCCCUUUUGACGGAUCCACGUCAGCCCGGACCGGUGCCUCUCCUCCCGUUUGACAGCAGUCCAUCAUGUCCAGGCAAGUGGUCAGGAGCAGCAAGUUUCGCCACGUCUUCGGACAGGCGGUGAAGGCUGAUCAGUGCUACGAUGACAUCCGCAUCUCCCAGAUGACCUGGGACAGCACCUUCUGCUCCGUCAACCCCAAGUUCGUGGCCAUGAUCGUGGAGGCCAGCGGUGGAGGGGCUUUCAUGGUGCUACCCCUGAGUAAGACGGGCCGUAUCGACAUGUCCUACCCAACCGUGUGCGGUCACAAAGGCCCGGUCCUGGACAUUGAGUGGUGCCCUCACAAUGACAACAUCAUUGCCAGCGGCUCAGAGGAUUGCACCGUCAUGAUUUGGGAGAUCCCAGACGGGGGCCUGACUACCCCACUGAGAGAGCCUGUGGUGAAGCUGGAGGGCCACUCUAAAAGAGUGGGCAUCCUUAGCUGGCACCCCACGGCCCACAACGUGCUGUUGACUGCUGCCUGUGAUAAUGUGGUGAUCCUGUGGAAUGUGGCAUGCGGUCAGGCCAUGGUGCAGAUCGACAGCGUGCACACCGACCUCAUCUACAGCGCCUGCUGGAAUUUGGAUGGAUCACGUAUCCUGACGUCCUGCAAGGACAAGAAACUGCGCUUGCUGGACCCCCGCAAGGGCACUGUCAUUGCGGAGAAGGAGAAGCCCCAUGAAGGCCACCGGCCCGUAAGGGCAGUGUUCGUGUCCGAGGGCAAGAUCCUGACCACUGGGUUCAGUCGUAUGAGUGAGAGACAGGUGGCACUGUGGGACCCAGCUAGUUUCUCAAAGGCCCUCACCUUACAAGACCUGGACACGAGCAGCGGGGUCCUGCUGCCAUUCUUUGACCCUGACACCGGAAUCAUCUACCUCUGUGGAAAGGGAGACAGCAGCAUUCGGUACUAUGAAGUGACGGACGAAGCACCCUACGUGCACUACCUGUCCAUGUACAGCAGCAAGGAGAGCCAGAAGGGCAUGGGCUACAUGCCCAAGAGAGGUCUGGAGGUCAACAAGUGCGAGAUCGCCAGGUUCUACAAGCUCCACGAGCGGAAGUGUGAACCCAUCGUCAUGACCGUACCUCGAAAGUCUGACCUAUUCCAGGAAGACCUUUACCCAGAUACGAUUGGCCCUGAACCUUCAGUGGAGGCCUCUGAUUGGUUUGCAGGCAAGGAUGGCAAACCAAUCCUCAUCUCUUUGAAAGACGGCUUUGUGGCAACUAAAACCAAAGAGUUCAAAGUUCACAAGAGUCUUCUCAGCACCACAACGUGCAGCAGUGGAAACAGGAACGGCGACAGUGCGGAUCUGCGCUCCAUCCAGGAGGAACUGAAACAGCUGAAGGCGACAGUGGCGGACCUGACUCAGAGAGUCAGCGAGCUGGAGAGCAAGUAACGAGACAGAGAGGGAGCAAGGAAGGGAUAGAAGGGACAACAUAAGCUGUGUAAAAAAUGUGUGGUGGAGCAGUAGGCGUGGUGAUGUGGCAGGAACUUGUAUAGCUUAGCUGAGAAAAGCAUGACAGUAUUUUACCAAGCGGUAACAUUUAUUUCACAGGCUGAAGUUGUCAUCGUUUUUGACAGAGAUUUGGUUCCAAGUAUGUCAUAUGUUUCUUGUUCUGUAGUUUCAUUCAUUUAUUGGUUUCAAGUCAAUACAAUUAGGUUUUAAUAUAAUAGGAUAAUGCUGUUUUUUUUUGGAAAAAUCAAAAUAAAGUUUUCAGAACAUUUUUCAACA